CUUCCCAGGCACCUCAGGCGCCAUGGACUCCCCAGGGUACAACUGCUUUGUGGACAAGGACAAGAUGGAUGCGUCCAUCCAGGACCUGGGACCAAAGGAACUGAACUGCACUGAGCUUCAGGAGUUGAAGCAACUGGCACGCCAGGGCUACUGGGCUCAGAGCCACGCCCUGCGGGGGAAAGUGUACCAGCGCCUGAUCCGGGACAUCCCCUGCCGCACGGUCACACCUGAUGCCAGUGUGUAUAGCGACAUCGUGGGCAAGAUUGUGGGCAAGCACAGCAGCAGUAGCCUGCCCUUGCCCGAGUUUGUGGACAACACUCAGGUGCCCACCUACUGCCUGAACACACGGGGUGAGGGGGCUGUGCGCAAGAUUCUGCUGUGUAUUGCCAAUCAGUUCCCUGACAUCUCCUUCUGCCCUGCCCUGCCCGCCGUGGUGGCCCUGCUGCUGCACUACAGCAUCGACGAGGCCGAGUGCUUUGAAAAGGCUUGCCGCAUCCUGGCCUGCAACGACCCCAGCAAGAAGCUCAUUGACCAGAGCUUCCUGGCCUUCGAGUCCUCCUGCAUGACGUUUGGGGACCUGGUGAACAAGUACUGCCAGGCGGCCCACAAACUGAUGGUGGCUGUGUCAGAGGAUGUCCUGCAGGUCUACUCUGACUGGCAGCGGUGGCUGUUUGGGGAGCUGCCCCUCAACUACUUUGCCCGUGUCUUUGAUGUCUUCCUUGUAGAAGGCUAUAAAGUAUUAUACCGAGUCGCUCUGGCCAUCCUCAAGUUCUUCCACAAGGUGAGAGCAGGCCAGCCCCUCGAAUCAGACAACGUAAAGCAAGACAUCCGCGUGUUUGUCAAGGACAUUGCCAAGACGGUGUCCCCUGAGAAGCUACUAGAGAAGGCCUUUGCCAUCCGCCUGUUUUCCCGCAAGGAGAUCCAGCUCUUGCAAAUGGCCAAUGAGAAAGCACUAAAGCAGAAGGGCAUUACUGUCAAGCAGAAGAGUGUCUCACUUUCUAAAAGGCAGUUUGUGCACUUGGCUGUUCAUGCAGAAAACUUCCGCUCAGAGAUUGUCAGCGUGAAGGAGAUGAGAGACAUUUGGUCCUGGAUCCCUGAGCGUUUUGCCCUCUGCCAACCCCUCCUGCUCUUCUCCUCCCUGCAGCAUGGGUACAGCUUAACCAGGUUCUAUUUCCAGUGUGAAGGACACGAGCCCACCCUCCUGCUCAUCAAGACCACGCAAAAGGAGGUUUGUGGCGCUUACCUGUCAACAGAUUGGAGCGAAAGAAAUAAGUUUGGAGGCAAACUGGGCUUCUUCGGAACCGGAGAAUGCUUUGUUUUUAGGCUGCAGCCAGAGGUGCAGCGUUACGAGUGGGUGGUCAUCAAGCACCCAGAGUUGACCAGGCCGACAUCCUUCAAGUCCUCAGAGACUGCAGCUGCUCCUUCCCUCCUCAGCCACUCCGUCUCUUCAGACCCUGCUGAUCGGCUGUCUCCUUUCCUGGCUGCCCGGCACUUCAACCUGCCCUCCAAGACAGAGUCCAUGUUCAUGGCUGGGGGCAAUGACUGCCUCAUCAUUGGGGGAGGAGGUGGCCAAGCACUCUACAUCGACGGGGACCUGAACCGAGGCCGCACUGGACACUGCGACACUUUCAACAACCAGCCCCUCUGCUCUGAGAACUUCUUUAUCUCAGCUGUGGAGGCUUGGGGCUUCCAAGACCCUGACACCCAGUGAUGGGUCUGCGUUGGUGGUGACUGAGCCUUGUUGUGGGGUGACGGGGUGGAGGCCAAGCUACCUCUUGAGGGAGCAGGGCAUGAGUGAAACAACACCCCCAUGAAGCAGGCAGGCUUGCUGUGCAGUGGGGACGUCCUGCUUGGACUUGUUAGGCUAGGACCCCUGCACCCUCCUGUUUCUGAGCUCAAGGGGCUAUUAUGCCCCCAGCCCUGUCCAGUGUCUGCCCUCACCCAGGGUCCUGGGUUGCAUGGAGGUGUCCAGUACCCAAGAUUGCCAGGGCUACAUUGUUCUGCCUCUGGACCUCAGCCCCUGUAGGGAAAGGACAAAUGAAUCUUGCCAAAUGUGGGUCUGUGGUGCCCCCUGCUGGUCCUCUGACCCCCUGCGCUCCCCUGAGCUAUGUUUGCUGCUGCAGGACAGGAUAGGGGAGGGCAGGAUGUGUGCAGAGCUCUGCGGCCCCUCCUGUCCUAGAAGGGACAAACUCGGGAAAGCUGUCUUGUCUUUGUGUUUCUGCAGAGCCUGAAGCUCUUGCUGCACCUCACUGGAAGUCCACACCUGAAGGUGGCCUCUGGAGUGACUUUCCUUGACCAGCGUGGCCAGUUAGCUCCAUUUCCAGGGUUCUCCUCAGAGCUGACUGGACUCUGAGGCUUUUUGCCCACCUUCUGUCCAUCCUUGUAGCCUCCUUGGACUCCGGUAGUCUUGGUGACUCUGUUCCUUUCCUCGUCGCUGUAAUGACUGAAGCCCAGGAUCACCAGAAUCCUAGCAUGGCAUGCUUGUCUUAGUCCAGCCUUCUGCCUUCCCAGGCCUGUGGUUCCCUAGACCUGUUCAUACAGCAUCUGAUAAAGCAGUGUGACUUCUGAUCUCUGCUGUCACUAUGGCUAGCCACAUGUCAUGUUUUCUGUGUGCUACCCUUCUCCCGUUAUGGCCUUCCAGUCUCUGGAUGUCUGUACUUCUUGAGUCCUGUACUGACCUGGCACCGCAGAUGCCAAGGGAAGUGCUGCCUCUGAGGACUGUAGCAAGCUCCAUUUCCCCGUGACCUCCCUCAGCUGGUCCUGAGGGUCUAGGCACCACAGAGGAAGAGAGAAGAAGUAGCCCAAAUGGCUGUGCUGGGGCCGCAGAAGUCUGGAUCAUAAAAACAGUUGCCUGGUUCCCACAUGACUGCGUCUGGUGUGCCUGGGUCAGCAUGUAUCACACCCGUGCUUGUCUCCACACUGAUAUCACACUUGCUGUGAGAGCUUCAUCCGCCCUGCCCCAUCUAGUCACAUCAGCUCUCAGCAUGGCCGCAGUGGCACAAGAGGCAGGGAGGAGUUCCCUGAAGUUUUGGGCCACCUGGUAAAUCCGCAUAGAACUUGAACUCUGCGCAGUGAACAGUUCUCCUGACGUGCUGGCCUCUAGGACAGGUCGACCUGACUCUAGAAGGAAGGAGUCCCGGGAGGAGCUGUUGCUGCUCACUCUGCAGAGUGGUAGCCCGUGCCGCCAUUCCUCUGAGCCUGCUGUCCUAGACCCGCACCUCCAACUUCAGUGUUCCCUUAACGCCACCUCGAUUUUUGUGAUUGUUGUUUCUGGCAAGAUUUUACUAGGUAGCCUAUUUGGUCUAGAACUCACUAUGUAGCCCAGGCUACCCUGGAAAUGGCUAUGUAGCCUAGGUUGGCCUCAAAAUCAUGACCUGCCUCAGCCUCCUAAGUGUCGGGCUCGUAGGCGUUAACUCCUAGACGUUGACCUUGGUCUCCAGCCAGAAGGCGCUAGGACGUUCCUAGGCUGUGCCAUCAUGAUGCUCACCCAUGCAUUGCCACCGGGACUCAGAAGACUUUCAGAAGCAGUUUAAGUUAACUGAGCAGUGUGUGCAGGGCCCUGUAAGAUUCCUGACUGGGUAGUAGAUUCUUGUUUUGUGUGGCCCCACUGGCCUUCCUGGGGUCCAGUCCAAGAAGACUGGUCAGUGCUUAGUCACGAUUGCAUCAUAAGCAAAGUUCUUAGCUUUUUACCCACAACAUACUCAGUUCUUUAAAUUUAAUAUCUCGUUUUUCCUGACCUUUCUGCCAAAAGAUGUGUCAUUUUCUUUGUAUUUUUAUUCUUAUCACUCUUUAUCUGAUACUAAGUGUUUCCACUUAGUAUUUAAUAAUGUUUUCUAUUAUUUAUUAGCUUUUGAUGUAAAAAAAGCUAGAAUUUGAUGGCAUUGAAUAAGGAGUUUUACCAUCACUUAAACAUUUGUUUUUAAAACAAAUAUUGAACUUAAUAUAAACCAGUUCAUUAAAGUAACUUUGUUACUGUAAACCUCGUGCCUUUGGGGCCUCAGAAAAUCAGUCUGUACUCUGAUGAUGACAAGAGCCAGUUUCAUGCAGCUCGGACUAGCCGUAGACGAAGCUUUCCCUGAACUCGUCCGUGUGCUUCUGCACCCCAUAUAAUUGGCUCACAGGUGUGUGCCACUAUGCUUGGUGACAACUCACUUUAAAAUAUUUCAUGAGACAGCAGUGGCUGUUCACAUUUUAAGAAUUUCUCUUCUAACUAAAGUACUGCUUUAGUUUUUCCUAUUUUUGUGAGCUGCCACAUGGGUGCUGGGACUGAGCCAGGUCUUCUGCAGGAGCAACCAGUGCUCUAACCGCUGAGCCCCAUAGUUUUUCUUAUUUUUGUAAACUGCUUGCUUUUAUUUUUCCAGUUUUUUAGAGCAGUUUGUUUUUGAGCAUUCUGGAUUUCAGAUUUUCAGGUUUCUCUUACUCAUUUCCUGAGUCUGCAAAGCUUUUCUGGUCUCCUUAAGUGUUUUAUAUUUAAUAAUUUAGGUUUUGUACUCAUUUUUUAAAGAUGCUGAGGAGCGAAUCUAGGACCCUAUACCUACAGUUUACAUCAGAAUUGCUGAGGUGGAAGUUUUUGAAGAUCCUCAUCCAAUUGUCCAUUGUAAAUAUCAAAAGAAUUGACCAAGCUACACACCUUUAAUCCGAGCACUCAAAAGGUCAAGGCAGGUAGAUCUCUGUGAGCUUGAGCCCAGCCUGUUCUAUGCUGCAAGUCCUAGACCAGCCAAGGCUAAAUAAUGAGACCUUGUUUUAAAAAGCUGUGGGGAGAGGGGUGGUUUGGAAAGAAGGUUCAGCGGUUAGAGCACUGGCUCUAACCAGGUUCAAUUCCCAGCAGCCACGUGGCAGCUCACAGCUGUCUGUAACUCCAGUUCCCAAGGAUCUAGACCCUUUCCUGGCCUCUGCGGGCACUGUAUCGAUAUAGUUCAUAGACAUAUAUAUAUAGACAAAACACUCAUAAAAUAAAAAUGAAGGAAAAAUAAACCAGAAAGUGACUUGGGCACAGCCCCUGACUAAACCACAGCCUUGUCUUUCCGCUCAGCGGGAAUACAUGCAGUGCUUACGGACACCUGCUUUCUCACGCUCUCACGAAAUCUAGACUGCUGUCAGACUCAAAAGACUGUUAGAGUUUUAGAUUGGCUUUGUUUGUUUGCUUUGUUUUUGUUUUGUAAGCUACCAUUGUAGUUCUUUAUAGCAGCUACUCCAGAGUAGCUCCUCCGCGGCUUCCUCGGGUUUAUGUGUGGUUAUUAUGUCGAGCAUGAAUACCAAGCAGGCCUUCGAGUUCUUUCCCCACUGUAUCUACAUCCGGCUAGAGAGUAUAUGAAGUUAAAAGAUAAUUUUGGUAUUAAGAUUCUUACCUGGUAAUCCUAAUCCCAGCACUUGGGAGGCAGAGGCAGGCGGAUCUCUGUGAGUUCGAGACCAGCCUGGUCUACAAGAGCUAGUUCCAGGACAGGCUCCAAAACCACAGAGAAACCCUGUCUCAAAAAAACAAAAAAACAAACAAACAAAAAAAAGGAUUCUUACCUGGGGGCUGGAGACAUGGCUCAGAGGUCUUGAGUUCAAUUCCUAGCAAAUACAUGGUGGCUCACAACCAUCAGUAAUGAGAUCUGGUGCCCUCUUCUGGCCUGAAGGCAUACAUGCAGGAAGAACCCUGUAUACAUAAUUAAUAAAUAAGUCUUAAAAAGAAAGGGUUCUUACCCAGGCCUGGUGUGUGUUUAAAACCCCACCAUGUGGAAGUGGAAGCAGAAAGAUGAGGUCAUCCUUAGCUACAUACUGUUGGCAUUAGGUGCAGUGUCAUGUGGUACAUUACUACAGACAAUGAUCGUGUGCAGGCUCAGUCACUUUCUUGAACUGCAUGGAAUUUGUCACCAUUGUAUUUAGGACGAAGAAAGCAGUGCGUGGAUACAUGGACACACUGACCUGUGACAUGGCAAGAACCAAACCACCAAAACAUUUCCAUGUAGACUCGUACCUCCUGGUGUGCCCUUGGCUGCUCUGUAGCUGCUUUCUGGCCCUGUCUUCCUACAUGAAGAGACCGGAACGCCUCUGCUGUGCAUUAGACAUGAAAAGCUGGGCAGGGUGGCACACGCCUUUGUCCCAGCACUCAGGAGACAGAGGCAGCUAGAUCUCUGAGUCUGAGGUCAGCCAGGGAGAACCUGUCUUGGAGUGGGGGGAGCCCUGUUUCUCUACCACACAACCCAGGUUUGUUCCCAACACCCAAACUGCGGUUCACAGCUGCCCAUUUCUCCAGUUCAAGGGGAUCUUCCACCCUCUCUUGGCCUCUGGGCACUGCAUGCAAGCAGUUCACAGACACACAUGCAGGCAAAAUCAUACAAAUAAGAUAAAAAUAAAGCUUAAAGUUUGUAAGCUGAAGACUGAAGGGGAAGAUGGUCUAAGCAUAACUUUACCUUUUAGAUCUUGUGAUGGGCUCUGACAGGUGGUCACCAGUUAGGCGUCGUGGCGCACAUCUGUAAUCUCAGCACUCGGGAGGCUGAGGCAGGAAGAUUGCAGGCAUGAAGCUAGUCUGGCUUCAGAGUUUCAUGCCAGCCUAACUUACAUAGUGAGACCUUAUCUUAAAAACAAAAAACCUAGCCGGGCGGUGGUGGCGCACGCCUUUAAUCCCAGCACUUGGGAGGUAGAGGUAGGCGGAUCUCUGUGAGUUCGAGACCAGCCUGGUCUACAAGAGCUAGUUCCAGGACAGGCUCCAAAGCCACAGAGAAACCCUGUCUCGAAAAACAAAAAAAAAAAAAAAAAAAAACCUAAACCCAGUGUGGUUUUUGGCUGACCCUGCGGAACGUCUGAGUGAGUGUACCAAACAUACUCCCGCUUACAGAGCAAAAGUGUGGAUUUGAGCAAAAUGCAAUUUUGUAAUGUGAAAGUAAGUGGUUUUGUGAUGUUUGGUUAGUGUUGAUAUAAGUCCUAAAUAAAAUUAGUAACUGAAGAAGAGGCAUUGUUGUGUGUGCCAUGAGAGUACAGGAUGGGACAUCCCGAGCACCCUUUCCCAGGAUACACUGGCCAUCUCUUAGGAGAAGACGUAAAGAUCCAUUGCCCUCUUCAAGUAGAGCUGAAGUCUGCACCAGCCCAUCAUAGCCAUGACAAGGAGACCCCACAGAGGCAGGUACAUAUUCUGCUGCUUCCUUUGUCACUGCCAGCCAUGGGAACCCACUUCCUGACCUUGCUUCUGCCUUCUGGUCCUCAGGGUUUGUCAUUUGGAUUAACAAACCAAAUGAAGAAAGGAGAAGAACCACUGUGAGGAGCCACCAGAUGUCUCCAGUCGUCUGGCUCCUGUGAAACGUAAAACUCAAUGCCAAUAGCAAACUCAGGGGCUGGAUAGAUGGCUCAACAGUCAAGAGCACUGGCUGCUCUUCCAGAGGACCCGGGUUCAGUUCCCAGCACCCACGCGGCAGCUCACAACUGUCUGUGACUCCAUUUCCACCCUUACACCAACGCACAUAAAAUAAAUCAUUAAAAAAUAAAAGCAGCAGGGCGGUGGUGCAUACCUUUAGUUCCAGCAUCUGGGAAGCAGAGGCAGGCAGAUCUCUGUGCGUUCAAGACCAGCCUGCUCUACAGCAUGAGUUCCAGGACAGCCAAAACUGUUACACAGAGAAACAUUCUUUCAAGGAAAAAAAAAAAAUCAAACUCUGGGGCUGGAGAGAUGGCUCAGAGGUUA